AUGGGCAAAGAAUUGGGACCUGGUGUCGGCUUCGAGUUUCCUCCAGUUCAAGUAUCAUGGCUGAAGCGCGAUCUUUUGCUGUUCGCACACAGCAUCGGAGUUACAUACCCAGAUGAGCUGCAUUUCCUCUAUGAACUCCAUCCUUCCUUUGCUGCCUUCCCCACAUAUCCCGUUAUUCUCCCGUUCAAGCACACCGACCAGGAGGUCAUUGAUUUCUAUGCGCGCAGCAACUCGGAGCCGAUUGAGGGCGUGCCCAAGUUCGACACCACGCACGUGCUUGAUGGUGAGCGCAAGAUGCAAUUCUUCAAGAAGCUUCCCGUCAGCAGCGAGGGUCGCAAGUUCGAGGUGCGAAGCAAAGUGCUAGGCGUGUACGACAAGGGCAAGUCAGGCACGGUUGUAGAAACCGAGCAACGCCUUGUUGAUGCCGAAACGGGAGAGACGUACACCCGAGCUGUUGGAAGUGGAUUUUACGUCGGACAAGGAGGAUGGGGUGGUCCCAAGGGCCCCAAGGUCCCCAACUUCCCCCCUCCAUCCCGCAGCCCCGACUACACACACAUCCACCAAACCACGCUGGAAACCCCGCACCUCUACCGCCUAAAUGGCGACUACAACCCGCUGCACGCAGAUCCUGAGCCUGGCAAGAAAAUGGGCUUCGGCGGCCCCAUCAUCCACGGCCUCUUCUCCUGGAACAUGGCCGCCCAUGCCAUCCUCAAAAUUUUCGGCGCCAGCAAGCCCGAGAACCUGAAAGAGUUCCAGGCGCGCUUCGCAGCCCCGGUCAAGCCGGCUGACAAGCUGAUUGUCGAUAUGUGGCGUACGGGGGAUAAGGAUGCCCAAGGCGCAGAGGAGAUAAGGUUUACCGUCAGGGUUGACGGCGGCAAGACGGUGCUGACGAAUGGCCGGGCCCUGGUUAAAGUUGAGGGUGAGGCCAAGCCCAAGUUGUAA